AUGGGCAUUUGUACUAGCAAACCAUAACCAAGAUAAUAAUAGAAACUCGAAGUUCGAAUCCAAACCAUCACAAACACUUAAGCAGACAGGUAAAUAUCUUAAGCAUCCUUUUAUCGUUCUAUUGAUAGAGGCUAUUAAAUUGCUCAAGAACACGAUGCCUUUUGA